UCGUGCAACUUUUGAGCCACACAACGUAUUGCAUAACACUCUGGCCAGAAGGGAUGGGAUCGAGUAGCACCGAACAGGUAGUAUAGGGGCCACAAGUUACUCCAAUGUACUUUUCGCAGCAGCCGACCACGUACUCAUAAUAUCAGGGUUCGUCGAUUUCUGCAUAUCGUUUUCGUCAAGAUCGCUCUUCGAAUUUGCGAACAUGUCCUCGAUUGACGUACCCGCCCUCUUCACGGCACUUAUAAUACUGACGGCACUCGUCCUUUUCCUCAUCAUUCUCUGCGUAUCCAUUCGCUGUAUCAAACGCCAUCUCAAGUCUCGACAAUCAGAGCCAAAUGUUGAAGUUGGAAGGACUAUGCCACAAGAACGCUUCCUAGCAACGCAUUCAGAAGUCACAACGCAGCAGCGCCGCAUAUCCUCGGCGUCACAAUCCAUCGAGCUAUUACCCGAGAUUCGAACAAGCAGCGAAAGGGCGGACGACUGGCUGGAGAGAAGAGGAGCCAGACUUGAUGAGGGAGUCGAUCCGGGGGUAGUUAAGGUGCUGAAGACUUACAAGAUGCUGGAUGUAAAGCAUGAUGGGCCGUCUCGAUGGAAUGGGAGAAACGAGGAGGAUGUGAGCGAAUUGAGGGUACCAAUCGAGCGCGACUUUAUCUCGUACAAGUAUCAUGGAGAGGCAAGUCGAUGUGGGUGAGAUGGAUCUAUUGAUAACCUGCGAGGAUCCACCACAUAUCACACGAGAGGCUUGGAUGUAGAUGCCUCGGCAACUUACAUCGACGCCUUCAAAGCCAGGUU